AUGGGGUGGCGGGCGGCGAGCGCGCCGCUGCUGGCGCUGCUGCUGCUGCACGGGCGGCUGCUCGCGGUGAGUGCGCGGGGCCGAGGGCCCGGGGCGGGGGGCCCCCGACCAACUCGGCGGGGCCGCGGGUGGCUUGCGCGCCUGGGACUCUGGCCAGGGACGGCCGCGCCCGCGCAGGACCCCGGAUCGGCCGAGGCCAGUGCCAAGUCUGUGGCUCGGGGCUUCCCCUCAGGGACGGCUGGAGGACCCCGAGUAACCCACGGGCUGAGGGCCUAUGAUGGCCUCUCCCUGCCUGAAGACACGGAGACUGUCACCGCGAGCCAUGCUGGCUGGAGCUACUCAUACCUCUCCGAUGAUGAGGACUUGCUGGCCGAUGACGCCUCGGGAGAUGGUCUGGGCAGUGGAGACAUGCCUAGUGGAGACUUCCAGAUGGUGUAUUUCCGGGCCCUGAUAAAUCUCACUCACUCCAUCGAGUACACCCCCCAGCUGGAGGACGCAGCGUCCAAAGAAUUCCGAGAGGUGUCCGAUGCUGUGGUGGACAAGCUGGAGUCGGAGUACUUAAAGAUUCCUGGAGACCAGGUUGUCAGUGUGGUGUUCAUCAAGGAGCUAGACGGCUGGGCUUUCGUGGAGCUGGACGUGGGCUCCGAAGGCAACCCGGACGGGGCUCAGAUUCAGGAGAUCCUGUACUCAGUUGUCUCCAGCGGCUCCAUUGGCCCCUAUGUCACCUCUCCGAGGGGAUUCCAGUUCCGGCGUCUGGGCACGGUGCCUCGGGUCCCAAGGGUCUGCACCGAGAACGAGUUUGCCUGCCACAGCUACAAUGAGUGUGUGGCACUGGAGUAUCGUUGUGACCGGCGGCCAGACUGCAGGGACAUGUCUGAUGAGCUCGACUGUGAGGAGCCAGUCCCCGAGCCUGGCUCCUUGCCGCCCGUACUCGUGGAGCCAUCACCUUUGCCUCUGUGGCCAGAGGUCGUCCCACCAAGGUUGCCACCAGUCACACCUAGGCCCCUGCUUCCUGGUCCCGAUGAGCCCGUGCCAUGUGGGCCGCAGGAAGCUGCAUGCCACAGUGGACAGUGCGUCCCCAAAGAUUACCUCUGUGACGGCCAGGAGGACUGCAAGGACGGCAGCGAUGAACUGGGCUGUGGGCCCCCUCCACCCUGUGAACCCAAUGAGUUUGCCUGUGGAAAUGGACACUGUGCCCUCAAGCUGUGGCGUUGUGAUGGUGACUUCGACUGUGAGGACCGCACGGAUGAGGCCAACUGCCCUGCCAAGCGUCCUGAGGAAGUGUGCGGGCCCACACAGUUCCGGUGUGUCUCCACCAACACAUGCAUCCCGGCCAGCUUCCACUGUGACGAGGAGAGUGACUGUCCCGACCGAAGCGACGAGUUCGGCUGCAUGCCUCCCCAGGUGGUAACUCCUCCCCAGGAGUCCAUCCAGGCUUCCAGGGGCCAGACAGUGACCUUCACCUGUGUAGCCAUCGGUGUCCCCACCCCCAUCAUCAACUGGAGGCUCAACUGGGGCCAUAUCCCCUCUCAUCCCAGGGUGACAAUGACCAGUGAGGGUGGCCGUGGCACACUGAUCAUCCGUGAUGUGAAGGAGGCAGACCAGGGUGCCUACACCUGCGAGGCCAUGAAUGCACGUGGCAUGGUGUUCGGCAUUCCUGACGGCGUCGUGGAGCUCGUUCCUCGGCGAGGUCCCUGCCCCGAUGGGCACUUCUACCUGGAAGACAGCGCCUCCUGCCUGCCCUGCUUCUGCUUUGGGGUGACCAACAUGUGCCAGAGCAGCCGCCGUUUCCGGGACCAGAUCCGGCUGCGCUUCGACCAACCUGAUGACUUCAAAGGUGUGAACGUGACCAUGCCUGCCCAGCCAGGCAUGCCACCCCUCUCCUCCACGCAGCUCCAGAUUGACACGAGCCUGCAGGAGUUCCAGCUGGUCGACCUGUCACGCCGCUUCCUCAUCCACGAUGCUUUCUGGGCCCUGCCAGAGCAGUUUCUAGGCAACAAGGUGGACUCCUAUGGUGGUUUUCUGCGCUACAAAGUGCGUUACGAGCUGGCACGUGGCAUGCUGGAGCCAGUGCAGAAGCCGGAUGUGGUCCUCGUGGGUGCCGGAUACCGGCUCCUCUCCCGAGGCCACACACCCACCCAUCCCGGGACCGUGAACCAGCGCCAGGUCCAGCUCUCAGAGGAGCACUGGGUACAUGAGUCCGGCCGGCCAGUGCAGCGGGCCGAGAUGCUACAGGUGCUAGCCAGCCUGGAGGCUGUGCUGCUACAGACGGUGUACAACGCCAAGAUGGCCAGCGUGGGGCUGAGCGACAUCUCCAUGGACACCACUGUCACCCGCACAACCAGCCACGGCCGUGCUCACAGUGUGGAGGAGUGCAGAUGCCCCAUUGGCUAUUCUGGCUUGUCGUGUGAGAGCUGUGAUGCCCAUUUCACCCGGGUGCCUGGGGGCCCCUACCUGGGCACCUGCUCUGGCUGUAAUUGCAAUGGCCAUGCCAGCUCCUGUGACCCUGUUUAUGGCCACUGCCUGAACUGCCAACACAACACGGAGGGACCACAGUGUAACAAGUGCAAGGCUGGCUUCUUUGGAGACGCUACAAAGGGCACAGCCACCGCCUGCCGGCCCUGCCCCUGCCCGUACAUUGAUGCCUCUCGAAGGUUCUCAGACACUUGCUUUUUGGACACGGAUGGCCAGGCCACGUGUGAUGCGUGUGCCCCAGGUUACACAGGCCGCCGCUGUGAGAGCUGUGCCCCUGGGUAUGAGGGCAACCCCAUCCAGCCAAGUGGCAAGUGCAGGCCCACCAACCAGGAGAUCGUGCGUUGCGAUGAGCGGGGCAGCACAGGCACCGUGGGAGAGGCCUGCCGCUGUAAAAACAACGUGGUGGGGCGCCUGUGCAAUGAGUGUGCGGAUGGCUCUUUCCACCUGAGUGCUCGGAACCCCGACGGCUGCCUCAAGUGUUUCUGCAUGGGGGUCAGUCGGCACUGUAGCAGUUCCACCUGGAACCGUGCCCAGGUGCUUGGAGCCUCUGAGGAACCUACCCAGUUCACCCUGACCAACGCUGCAGGUACCCACACCACCAGUGAGGGUAUUUCAUCCCCUGUGCCCGGAGAGCUGCUUUUCUCCUCCUUCCAUAGCCUCCUGACUGGACCAUACUUCUGGAACCUUCCCUCGAGCUUCCGAGGGGACAAGGUGACCUCCUACGGAGGAGAGCUUCGGUUCACCGUGACGCAGAGGCCCCACCCCGGCUCCCCGUCCCUGCACAGGCAACCGCUGGUGGUGCUGCAGGGCAAUGGCAUCUUCCUGGAGCACCACGCCUCCAGGGACCCUGUGCCUGGCCAGCCCAGUGACUUCACCGUGCCCUUCCGUGAGCAAGCCUGGCAACGGCCUGAUGGACAGCCUGCCACACGGGAGCACCUGCUGAUGGCGCUGGCGGGCAUUGAUGCCCUCCUCAUCCGGGCAUCCUACACCCAGCAGCAGGCUGAGAGCAGGGUCUCCGGCAUCAGCAUGGAUGUGGCUGUGCCUGAAAACACCGGCCAGGACCUUGCGCUGGAAGUGGAGCAAUGUACCUGCCCACCCGGGUACCGCGGCCCUUCCUGUCAGGACUGUGACACAGGCUAUACACGCAUGCCCAGUGGACUCUACCUUGGCACCUGUGAGCGCUGCAGCUGCCAUGGCCACUCAGAGGUCUGUGAGCCUGAGUCGGGUGCCUGCCAGGGCUGCCAGCACCAUACAGCAGGUGCUCGCUGUGAGCAGUGCCAGCCAGGAUACUAUGGAGAUGCCCAGCAGGGCACACCGCAGGACUGCCAGCCCUGCCCAUGCUACGGAGCGCCUGCUGCUGGCCAGGCCGCCCACACUUGCUUCCUGGACACAGAUGGUCACCCCACCUGUGACUCAUGCUCACCAGGUCACAGUGGGCGUCACUGCGAGAGGUGUGCCCCAGGUUACUAUGGCAACCCCAGCCAGGGACAGCCAUGCCGCAGAGAUGACCAGGUGCCAGAGGUGCCGGGUUGUGCCUGUGACCCCCACGGUAGCGUCAGCAGCCAGUGCGAUGCUGCUGGUCAGUGCCAGUGCAAGGCUCACGUGGAAGGCCUCACCUGCAGCCGCUGCAGGCCUGACCACUUCCAUCUGAGUGCCAGCAACCCCAAAGGCUGCCUGCCUUGCUUCUGCAUGGGUGUCACCCAGAAGUGUGCCAGCUCCUCCUACACACGUCACCUGAUCUCCACCCACUUUGCCCCUGGGGACUUCCAGGGCUUUGCCCUGGUGAACCCGCAGCGCAACAGCCGUCUGACAGGAGGCUUCACUGUGGAACCAGUGCCCGAUGGCGCCCAGCUCUCUUUCAGCAACUUCGCCCACCUCGGCCAUGAGUCCUUCUACUGGCAGCUGCCAGAGACAUUCCAAGGAGACAAGGUGGCAGCCUAUGGUGGAAAGCUGCGGUACACUCUCUCCUACACGGCUGGGCCACAGGGCAGCCCGCUGUCUGACCCUGACAUCCAGAUUAUGGGCAACAACAUCAUGCUAGUGGCCUCCCAGCCAGCACUGCGGGGCCCUGAGAGGAGGAACUAUGAGAUGGUCUUCCGAGAGGAGUUUUGGCGGCGGCCCGAUGGUCAGCCGGCCACCCGCGAGCACCUGCUCAUGGCGCUGGCUGACCUGGAUGAACUUCUGGUCCGGGCCACGUUUUCUUCAGUGCCGCGAGCAGCCAGCAUCAGUGCCGUCAGUAUGGAGGUGGCCCAGCCAGGACCCUCUGGUGGCCCUCGGGCACUCGAAGUAGAGGAGUGCCGCUGCCCCCCAGGCUAUAUCGGCUUGUCCUGUCAGGACUGUGCUCCUGGCUACACACGCACUGGGAGUGGGCUCUACCUUGGCCACUGUGAACUGUGUGAAUGCAAUGGCCACUCAGACCUGUGCCACCCGGAGACUGGGGCCUGCUCGCAAUGCCAGCACAAUGCUGUCGGUGAGUUCUGCGAGCUGUGCGCACCAGGCUUCUACGGAGAUGCCACCGCAGGGACGCCUGAGGACUGCCAGCCCUGUGCCUGUCCUCUGACCAACCCAGAGAACAUGUUCUCCCGCACCUGCGAGAGCCUGGGGGCAGGGGGCUACCGUUGCACAGCCUGCGACCCUGGCUACACCGGCCAGUACUGUGAACAGUGUGCCCCAGGCUACGUGGGUAACCCCAAUGUGCAAGGGGGCCGGUGCCUGCCGGAAGCAGACCAAGCUCCACUGGUGGUCCAGAUCCACCCCUCUCGGAGCGUUGUGCCCCAAGGUGGCUCCCACUCCCUGCGGUGCCAGGUCAGUGGGAGCCCACCCCACUAUUUCUACUGGUCCCGAGAAGAUGGACGGCCCGUGCCCAGCAGCACUCAGCAACGACAUCAAGGCUCUGAGCUCCACUUUCCCAGCGUGCAGCCCUCUGAUGCUGGGGUCUACAUCUGUACCUGCCGGAACUUACACCACACCAGUACGAACCGGGCAGAGCUUCUGGUCACCGAGGCUCCCAGCAAGCCCAUCGUGGUGACAGUGGAGGAGCAGCGGAGCCAGAGUGUGCGCCCUGGAGCUGAUGUCACUUUCAUCUGCACGGCCAAGAGCAAGUCUCCCGCCUACACCCUGGUGUGGACCCGCCUGCACAACGAGAAGCUGCCUUCCCGUGCUAUGGACUUCAACGGCAUCCUGACCAUUCGAAACGUGCAGCCUAGUGACGCGGGCACCUACGUGUGCACCGGCUCCAACAUGUUUGCCAUGGACCAGGGCACAGCCACACUGCAUGUGCAAGCCUCUGGCACCUCAGUUCCCCCUGUAGUCUCCAUCCACCCACCACAGCUCACAGUGCAGCCUGGGCAGCUGGCUGAGUUUCGCUGCAGUGCCACAGGGAACCCCACACCCACCCUGGAGUGGACAGGAGGUCCCAGUGGUCAACUCCCACAAAAGGCUCAGAUCCAUGGUGGCAUCCUGCGCCUGCCAGCUGUGGAGCCCUCGGAUCAGGGCCAGUACCUGUGUCGUGCCCUCAGCAGUGCCGGGCAGCACGUGGCCAGGGCCAUGCUCCAAGUACAUGGUGGCAGUGGGCCCCGGGUCCAAGUGAGCCCCGAGAGGACUCAGGUGCACGAAGGCCGCACGGUCAGGCUGUACUGCAGACCUGUAGGUGUGAGUGGUGCCACCAUCACCUGGAUGAAGGAGGGGGGCAGCUUGCCCCCACAGGCGCGCUCAGAGAGCGUAAACGUCGCCACGCUGGUCAUCCCAGCCAUCACGCCCGCUGACGCCGGCUUCUACCUAUGCGUGGCCACCAGCCCCGCAGGCACUGCCCAGGCCCGCAUUGAAGUGGUUGUCAUCCCAGCCUCAGGUGCCAGCUCGCUGCCGGUCAGGAUCGAGUCCUCGUCACCGUCCGUGACUGAAGGGCAGACGCUCGACCUUAACUGUGCAGUGACAGGGCUGGCCUACACCCAGAUCACAUGGUACAAGCGAGGGGGCACCCUGCCUCCCCAUGCCCAGGUCCACGGUUCUCGGCUGCGGCUCCCCCAGGUCUCACCAGCAGAUUCUGGAGACUAUGUAUGCCGAGUGGAGAGUGAGCUGGGUCCCAAGGAGGCAUCCAUUGUUGUCUCUGUCCUGCACAGCACCCAUUCAGGCCCCAGCUAUGUCCCAGCCUCUGGCGGCACCCCACCCAUUCGCAUCGAGUCCUCCUCCUCUCAUGUGGCUGAGGGGCAGACUCUGGAUCUGAACUGCAUCGCGCCCGGGCAAGCCCAGGUGACGUGGCGAAGGCGCAGUGGCAGUCUCCCUGCCCGGCACCAGACCCACGGCCCCCUGCUGAGGCUGCACCAGGUGUCCCCUGCUGACUCGGGAGAGUAUGUGUGCCAUGUGGUCCUUGGCUCUGAACACAAAGAGACCUCUGUCCUGGUUACUAUUGAACCUUCUGGCUCCAUGCCUGCUCCAAGACCUGUUCCGCCUGUCAGGAUCGAGUCCUCAUCCCCCACAGUGGCGGAGGGACAGACACUGGAUCUCAGCUGUGUGGUAGCUGGGCAGGCCCAUGCACAAGUCACGUGGUACAAGCGUGGAGGCAGCCUACCUGCUCGGCACCAGGUCCGUGGCUCCCGCCUGUACAUCUUCCAGGCCUCCCCAGCGGAUACUGGAGAAUAUGUCUGCCGGGCUAGCAAUGGCCAAGAGGCUUCCAUCACAGUCACGGUCACUGGAACCCAGGGAGCCAACUUUGCCUACCCCCCAGGCAGCGACCCUCCCAUCCACAUUGAGUCCUCGUCCUCCCACGUGGCCGAGGGCCAGACCCUGGAUCUGAACUGUGUGGUACCAGGACAAGCCCACGCCCAGGUCACGUGGCACAAACGUGGGGGCAGCCUGCCUGCCCGGCACCAGACCCACGGCUCCCUGUUGCGGCUGCACCAGGUGUCCCCUGCCGACUCAGGCGAGUAUGUGUGCCGGCUUGAGGGCAGCUCCGGGCCUCUGGAGUCCUCCGUCCUGGUUACCAUUGAGCCCGCAGGCUCCUCGCCCGCGCUAGGGGUGACCCCUCCAGUCCGGAUCGAGUCAUCUUCCUCCCAUGUGGCUGAAGGACAGACUUUGGAUCUGAACUGCCUCGUCGCCGGGCAGACUCACCCUCAGGUCUCCUGGCACAAACGUGGGGGCAGCCUCCCUGCCCGCCAUCAGGUGUAUGGCUCGAGGCUGCGGCUACCCCAGGUGACCCCAGCUGACUCUGGGGAGUAUGUGUGUCGUGUGGCCAGUGGCUCCGGCACCCAGGAAGCCUCAGUCCUCAUAACCAUCCAGCAGCGCCUCAGCCCCUCCCACCCCCAGAGUGUGGUGUACCCUGUCCGAAUUGAAUCCUCUUCAGCCUCACUGGCCAAUGGUCACACCCUGGACCUCAACUGUCUGGUAGCCAGCCACACCCCCCACACCAUCACCUGGUACAAGCGUGGAGGCAGUUUACCCAGCCGGCACCAGAUCGUGGGCUCCCGCCUGCGCAUCCCUCAGGUGACCCCAGCAGACUCUGGUGAGUACGUGUGUCAUGUCAGUAACGGUGCUGGCUCUCAAGAGACCUCACUCAUCGUCACCAUCCAGGGCAGCGACUCCUCCCAUGUGCCCAGUGUCUCCCCACCAAUCCGGAUUGAGUCUUCAUCCCCCACAGUGGUGGAAGGACAGACCUUGGACCUGAACUGUGUAGUGGCUGGGCAGCCCCAGGCCACCAUCACUUGGUACAAGCGCGGGGGCAGCCUGCCUUCCAGGCACCAGGCCCAUGGCUCCCGGCUGCGGCUGCACCAGAUGUCUGUGGCCGAUUCAGGCGAAUACGUGUGCCGGGCCAAUAACAACAUCGAUGCCCAAGAGACCUCCAUCACUGUCUCAGUUUCUCCCAGCGCCAACAGCCCCUCUGCUCCCAGUGGUGCUGUGCCCAUCAGAAUCGAGUCCUCCUCUUCCCGAGUGGCCGAGGGGCAGACCCUGGAUCUGAACUGUGUGGUCCCCGGGCAGGCCCAUGCGCAGGUCACGUGGCGCAAGCAUGGGGGCAGCCUUCCCACUCGCCAUCAGGCCCACGGCUCAAGGCUGCGACUGUACCAGGUGUCCCCAGCUGACUCUGGCAAAUACGUGUGCAGUGUGCUGGGCAGCUCCGGCCCCCUGGAGGCUUCGGUCCUGGUCACCAUCGAGGCCUCGGGCUCGAGUGCUGUCCAUGUCCCUGUCCCAGGAAGAACCCCACCCAUCCGCAUCGAGACCUCCUCCUCCCGAGUGGCAGAAGGGCAGACCUUGGAUCUCAACUGCGUGGUACCUGGACAGGCCCAUGCCCAAGUCACAUGGCACAAGCAAGGAGGCAGCCUACCCCCUCGGCACCAGGUGUCAGGCCCGCUGCUGAGACUGAACCAUGUGUCCCCAGCUGACUCUGGAGAGUACUCGUGUCAAGUGAUCGGCAGCUCAGGCACCCUGGAGGCUUCUGUUCUGGUCACCAUUGAGCCCUCCAGCCCUCGCCCUAUUCCUGCUCCAGGACUGGCCCAGCCCAUGUACAUCGAGGCCUCUUCCUCCCACGUGACCGAGGGGCAGACCCUGGAUCUGAACUGCGUGGUGCCAGGACAGGCACAUGUCCAGGUCACAUGGCACAAGCGUGGGGGCAGCCUGCCUGCCCGGCACCAGACCCAUGGCUCCCAUUUGCGGCUCAACCACAUCACCCCUGCGGACUCUGGCGAGUAUGUGUGCCGCAUAGCUGGUGGCUCUGGCCCUGAACAGGAGGCCUCCUUUACUGUCACAGUCCCUUCCAGUGCGGAAUCUUCCUACCGCCUCAGGAGUCCUGUCAUCUCCAUUGAGCCACCCAGCAGUACUGUGCAGCAAGGCCAAGAUGCCACCUUCAAGUGCCUCAUCCACGAGGGGGCAACACCCAUCAGCCUGGAGUGGAAGACCCGGAACCAAGAACUGGAGGACAAUGUCCGCAUCAGCCCCAAUGGUUCCAUCAUCACCAUUGUGGGCACCCGGCCCAGCAACCAUGGGGCCUAUCGCUGCGUGGCCUCCAAUGCCUAUGGUGUGGCCCAGAGUGUGGUGAAUCUCAGUGUGUACGGGCCCCCUACGGUGUCCGUACUGCCUGAGGGUCCUGUGCAUGUAAAAGCGGGAAAGGACAUCACCCUGGAGUGUGUGAGUGCUGGGGAGCCCCGCUCCUCCCCCCGCUGGACCCGGCUGGGCACCCCUGUCAAGUUGGAGCCCCGGCUCUAUGGUCUUCUGAACAGCCACGCAGUGUUGAAGAUUUCAUCAGCCAAACCAUCAGAUGCAGGUACAUAUGUGUGCCUAGCCCAGAAUGCCCUGGGCACGGCACAGAAGCAGGUGGAGGUGAUCGUGGACAUGGGCACCGUGACCCCAGGUGCCCCCCAGGUCCAGGUUGAAGAAGCAGAGCUGAUCUUGGAGGCCGGACACACAGCCACACUGCACUGCUCAGCCACAGGCAACCCCCCACCCACCAUCCACUGGUCCAAACUGCGCUCCCCCCUGCCCUGGCAGCACCGACUGGAAGGCAACACUCUGGUCAUCCCCCGGGUAGCCCAGCAGGACUCGGGCCAGUACAUCUGUAAUGCCACCAACCUUGUGGGGCACGCCGAAGCCACUGUUGUCCUGCAUGUGGAGAGCCCACCGUACGCCACUGUCGUCCCAGAGCACAUCUCAGCGCAGCCAGGAACUCCAGUGAGGCUGCAGUGCCUGGCUCACGGCACACCCCCGCUCACCUUCCAGUGGAGCCGCGUGGGCGGCGGCCUCCCUGAGAGGACGGUUGCCAGGAAUGAACUGCUGCACUUGGAGCCCUCGGGCCCUGCGGACUCGGGACGCUACCGCUGCCAGGUUUCCAACAAGGUGGGCUCAGCUGAGGCCUUUGCCCAGGUGCUUGUCCAAGGCCCUUCUGGCUCUCUUCCGAUCACCCCUCCCCCAGCAGGAGCCACGCCCACCGUGCAGGUCACCCCUCAGCUAGAGACCAAGAGCAUCGGGGACAGCGUUGAGUUCCACUGCGCCGUGCCCAGUGGGCGAGGCACCCACCUUCGUUGGCUAAAGGAGGGGGGUCAGCUGCCUCCUGGCCACAGUGUGCAGGAUGGGGUUCUCCGAAUCCAGAACUUAGACCAGAGCUGCCAAGGGACAUAUGUUUGCCAGGCCCAUGGACCAUGGGGACAGGCCCAGGCCAGUGCCCAACUGAUUGUCCAAGCACUGCCCUCGGUGCUCAUCAACGUCCGCACCUCCGUGCACUCUGUGGUGGUCGGCCACGCCGUUGAGUUUGAGUGCCUGGCACUGGGUGACCCCAAGCCUCAAGUGACGUGGAGCAAAGUCGGGGGGCGCCUGCGGCCUGGCAUUGUGCAGAGCGGAAGUGUCGUCAGGAUCGCCCACGUGGAGCUGGCUGACGCGGGACAGUACCGCUGCACAGCCAGCAACGCUGCCGGCACCACCCAGUCGCACGUGCUGCUGCUCGUGCAAGCAUUGCCACAGAUCUCAACUCCCCCAGAGAUCCGAGUGCCCGCUGGCUCUGCAGCUGUCUUCCCAUGCAUGGCUUCAGGCUAUCCCACUCCUACCAUCACUUGGAGCAAGAUGGAUGGUGACCUGCCGCCCGACAGCCGCCUGGAGAACAACAUGUUGAUGUUGCCCUCAGUCCGGCCCCAGGAUGCUGGCACCUAUGUAUGCACGGCCACCAACAGGCAAGGCAAGGUCAAAUCCUUUGCCUAUCUGCAGGUGCCAGAGAGGGUGGUGCCCUACUUCACCCAGACUCCCUACUCCUUCCUGCCACUGCCCACCAUCAAGGAUGCCUACAGAAAAUUUGAGAUCAAGAUCACCUUCCGGCCAGAUUCUGCUGACGGGAUGCUGCUCUACAACGGGCAGAAGCGGAUCCCAGGGAGCCCAACCAGCCUGGCUAACAGGCAGCCAGACUUCAUCUCCUUUGGCCUUGUAGGAGGAAGGCCCGAGUUCCGGUUUGAUGCGGGCUCUGGCAUGGCCACCAUCCGCCACCCCACGCCACUGGCCUUGGGCCAGUUCCACACUGUGACCCUGCUGCGCAGCCUCACUCAGGGCUCCCUGAUUGUGGGCAGUUUGACCCCCGUCAACGGGACUUCUCAGGGCAAGUUCCAGGGCUUGGACCUAAAUGAGGAGCUGUACCUAGGCGGCUACCCCGACUAUGGUGCCAUCCCCAAAGCGGGGCUGAGCAGUGGCUUUGUGGGCUGCGUCCGGGAGCUGCGCAUCCAGGGCGAGGAGAUUGUCUUCCAUGACCUCAACCUCACAGCACAUGGCAUCUCUCACUGCCCCACCUGCCAGGACCGGCCCUGCCAGAAUGGGGGCCAGUGCCAUGACUCAGAGAGCAGCAGUUACACGUGCAUCUGCCCUCCUGGCUUCACUGGGAGCCGCUGUGAGCAUUCACAAGCCCUGCAUUGCCACCCAGAGGCCUGUGGACCCGAUGCCACCUGUGUGAAUCGGCCUGAUGGUCGAGGCUACACCUGCCGCUGCCACCUAGGCCGCUCAGGGAUGAAGUGUGAGGAAGGUGUGACAGUGACUACUCCGUCCAUGUCGGGCACUGGCUCCUACCUGGCACUGCCUGCCCUCACCAAUACACACCAUGAGCUGCGCCUGGACAUUGAGUUCAAGCCUUUGGAGCCCGAUGGGAUCUUGCUGUUCAGCGGGGGAAGGAGUGGACCUGUGGAGGAUUUCGUGUCCCUGGCAAUGGCUGGUGGUCACCUGGAGUUUCGCUAUGAGCUAGGAUCAGGGCUUGCCGUCCUGCGGAGCCCCGAGCCUCUGGCUCUGGGCCGUUGGCACCGUGUGUCCGCCGAACGCCUCAACAAGGAUGGCAGCCUGCGGGUGGACGGAGGGCCCCCUGUGUUGCGCUCCUCGCCAGGCAAAAGCCAGGGCCUCAACUUGCACACCCUGCUCUACCUGGGCGGGGUGGAGCCCUCCGUGCAGCUUUCCCCGGCCACCAACGUGAGCGCUCACUUCCGCGGCUGCGUGGGUGAGGUGUCUGUGAACGGCAAGCGGCUGGACCUCACCUACAGCUUCCUGGGCAGCCAGGGGGUGGGACAGUGCUACGACAGCUCCCCAUGUGAGCGUCAGCCCUGCCGCCACGGUGCCACAUGUAUGCCCGCGGGCGAGUAUGAGUUUCAGUGCCUAUGCCAAGACGGCUUCAAAGGAGACCUCUGUGAGCAUGAGGAAAACCCCUGCCAGCUCUCAGAGCCCUGUCUGCAUGGUGGCACCUGCCAGGGUACCCGCUGUCUCUGUCUCCCUGGAUUCUCUGGCACACGCUGCCAACAAGGAUCUGGACAUGGCCCAGCAGAAUCCGAUUGGCAUCUCGAAGGCAGUGGGGGCAACGAUGCUCCCGGGCAGUAUGGAGCCUACUUCCAUGACAAUGGCUUCCUGGCCCUCCCCAGCAACAUCUUCUCCAGGAGCUUGCCCGAAGUACCUGAGAGCAUUGAGUUGGAGGUUCGGACCAGCACAGCCAGCGGCCUCCUGCUCUGGCAGGGCGUGGAGAAGGGACAGGCCGGCCAUAGCAAGGACUUCAUCAGCCUUGGGCUGCAGGAUGGCCACCUUGUCUUCAGCUAUCAGCUAGGCAGUGGAGAGGCCCGGCUUGUCUCUGAGGAUCCCAUCAAUGAUGGCGAGUGGCAUCGCGUGGCAGCCCUGCGGGAGGGCCGGAGAGGUUCUAUCCAGGUGGAUGGUGAGGAGCUGGUCACUGGCCAGUCCCCAGGUUCGAAUGUGGCAGUCAACACCAAGGGCAGCGUCUACAUUGGUGGCGCCCCAGAUGUGGCCGCUCUGACUGGGGGCAGGUUCUCCUCUGGCAUCACGGGCUGUAUCAAGAAUCUGGUGCUGCACUCGGCCCGGCGCGGUGCCCCGCCCCCGCAGCCCCUGGACCUGCAGCACCGGGCAGAGGCAGGAGCCAACACACGUCCUUGCCCCUCCUAGGCACCCGCCUGCCCCCCACGGACUCCCGGGCAGCACCCAGCCCGACAAUGUCGACUAUAUUAUUAUUAAUAUUAUUAUGACUUUUUUUGUAAGAAACUGAGGCGAUACCACGCUUUGCUGCUACCACCCUGGGCUGGACUGGAGGGUGGGCGCGCCACCUCCCCCCAACACACACCCCCGGACGAAGCCGCCCUGAAGCUGGCGGGUAGGGAGGGUGGAACAGGAAGAGGUUGCCUCAGAAGGCGGCCAGGACACGGAGUCCGACAUGGUAUCUGGACGGGCUCAGAACUGCUCCCACUCCCUCUGCCUCCAUGGAGCACCCCCCCUCAUUAGAGCCAAACUGCCCCUUUUGGCAGACUGUAUGGACAGUCUUCAUGCCUGUGAUAGCCAACCUCGACACACCACCCGGUGCCUCACCAGCAAACUGGAGGAGGGAGCACUGUGGUAGCCUUGGCCAGCCUCCGAGCUUGGGGGCAGAGGGCAGCUCACCGUCUCCCACCUCCAUGUCCUAGCACUCCCUACCCUCACCUAGCCUGGAGCCCCCUGUCCCUGGAAGUCUCUCCUCCCUCCCAGCCUUCCUCCACCUGCAUUCCCACUCCCAACCAAGGGCCCUACCCCAAGAGCCACAAGGUAGACCCCCAACUCUUCCCUGGUCCACUGGGCAGAGGCCAGCACUGAUGUCCAGCCACAUCCCCCCCCCACUUCUGGAGGUGAAGACCCAGGGCGUGGGGGGGAGCAGGGUGUCUUGGUGGGGGCAGUAGAGGUGCAUGACUGGGAGGGAGGGGGAAUCGCAGUCCUGCCCAUCUGGAAGCCUGAGGACCCUCCUGUUAGGUAAGCAGGCCCAGAUUGUGGAGUUGGGGCACCUGGCCUCCAGUCCUCGAUGGGACCCUCCUGUGGUCUUGACUUUUCUUAAUAAACGGUGCUAUCCCCGCCAGGGGUCUCCUGUA